UUCUCUUAUAGGGGAUUUCUCUAAAUUGCUUGCAUUUCAUAGCUAAGAGUAGCUAGUCAUGAGUGAAAAUAUGAAGGUGGCUGAGCAAGAGAUGGUUGUUCAAGAAAAUGUUGAGAAAGAGGAAGAUGAGACAAUUCAUGAAAUAGAAAAAAGGAAGCUUGGAGGAAUGAAAACAAUGCCCUUUAUACUUGCCAAUGAAGUAUGUGACAGAUUUGUUGGGGUUGGAUUUCAUAGCAACCUGAUAACAUACCUAACACAAGUGCUAAAUGUGCCUUUAAUAAAAGCAUCCAACACCUUAGCCAACUUUAGUGGUGUUUCAAAUUUCACUCCACUUAUUGGUGCUCUUGUUGCUGAUUCAUUUGCUGGCAGAUUUUGGACUAUUGUUGUUGGGUCUAUAAUUUAUGAGAUGGGACUGGUAAGCACAACCAUCUCAGCAAUCAUGCCACAAUUCCGUCCGCCACCAUGUCCAACUCAGGAGAAUUGCAAAGAAGCUUCGAAUUCGCAGCUUUGGGCACUCUACAUCUGCCUCCUUUUGACAUCUAUUGGUACUGGAUGCCUUAGACCUUGUCUCGUUACCUUUGCUGCUGACCAGUUGGACAUGAGGAAAUCUAAAGUAGAAUCGCGAAAGUGGAACUUUUAUAAUUUGUUCUAUUUCUGCGUGACAAUGUCUACGCUAACUGCAUUAACUGUUGUCGUUUAUAUCCAAGAUAACGUAAGUUGGGGAUGGGGUCUUGGACUUCUAACAAUUGCCAUGGCAUUGUCUGUUGUCGCGUUUGUUGUUGGAAAUCCAUUUUACAGAAAAGAAGAACCAGGAGGAAGUCCAUUUAUCAGAUUGACACAGGUCAUUGUUGCCUCAGUGAGGAAGAGAAAAGUUGUUGUUCCAGACGAUAAUAGCCUCUUAUAUGAGAACAGAGAGCUCGAUUCUGCUAUCUCACACGAUGGAAGGCUUUUGCACACUAAUCAGUUCAAGUGGAUUGAUCGAGCGGCUGUAGUAACUGACGAUGACAUGAAAGAAUCGUGCCAGCCAAAUUUAUGGAGGCUAUCUACUGUUCAUAGAACGGAAGAGCUGAAGUGCAUCCUAAGGAUGCUACCGAUUUGGUCUGCAGGGAUAUUACAUUUUGCUUCUCAUUCACAUGUAGGCAGCUUUACAAUCCAACAGGCCCGAAGUAUGGAUCGUCAUCUAUCCCACAGCUUCCAAAUACCUCCAGCCAGCAUGUCUAUUUUCAGCGUCCUAACGGUGCUAAUUGGCCUUGCACUUUAUGAGCGCUUCUUUGUUCCUUUUGCUCGUCGAUUCACAGGACACAAAUCAGGCGUUACAUGCUUACAGAGAAUGGGAAUAGGUUUCGCCAUUAAUAUUCUUGCUACUGCAACUUCAGCACUUGCUGAGAUUAAGCGUAAAAAAGCAGCUGCAGAUCAUAACUUACUGGAUCAGCCAACGACUCAUGUCAUUCCUAUAAGCGUCUUCUGGUUGGUUCCGCAGUAUUGCCUUCACGGAGUAGCUGAAGUUUUCAUGAGUGUAGGGCACCUUGAAUUUCUCAUUGAACAAUUCCCUGAAAGCAUGAGAAGCACUGGAGCUGCACUUAACUCGUUAGUUUCAUCGUUUGGAAAUUACUUAGGUACAUUUAUAGUAACUCUAGUUCAUCGGUAUACUGGAAAAGAAAGGAAUUGGCUACCAGAUAGGACUCUCAACAGGGGAAGACUUGAAAACUUUUACUGGCUUAUGGCUGGAUUACAAGUAGUAAAUUUUGUAUACUAUCUUAUAUGUGCAUCAUUAUAUACAUACAAACCCUUGGAAGAGUUUACUGAAGGAUGCAAGGGAACAGAUGUAGAAUUAGCUGAUGAAACAACUAUGUUAGACAAUUCUAAAGGUGAUGGACAAACAUAUAGAGCAAGAAAUGGAAUGAACUAAUAUUGCUUAGUUAAACUAUUAGAAAUUUAUUAGUUAAACUAUUAGAAAUUUAGUUUCCAUGUUUUAGUUGUGACAAGUUGAUAUACUGUUGAGUGUACCAAGAAAAGGUUGAAA